ACUAACGUUUCAACUUAUGUUACUUUUUCCAGUGAGGCGUGUACCACCGCAGUUCUCGAUUCCUCCUCCCCCGAUGCUGGAGGUGACGCUGGGGGCUGACUUGAACCUGACCUGCGUGGCGGUGGGGUCGCCGAUGCCCUACGUCAAGUGGAGGCGAGAGCCGGCUCAAGACCUCACCCCGGACGAUAAGCUACCCAUCGGGAGGAACGUCCUCGUCCUCAAGAACAUCAGGGAGAGCGCCAACUACACCUGCAUAGCUUCCACCGCGCUCGGCAUCAUCGAAGCGGCAACUCUAGUCAAAGUCCAAUCUCUCCCAAGCGUUCCGACGAACGUCCAGUUCUCCGAUGUGACAGCUACAACGGUUCGGCUCUCCUGGUCCUACCCGGCCAAAGAAGACUUCCAGUACUUCGUGAUCCAGUACAAACCCAAGUUCGCCAAUCAGGCCUAUUCGGAGAUCAGCGGCAUCAUCACGAUGUACUAUACAGUGCGAGGACUCAGCCCUUACACGGAGUAUGAGUUCUACGUCAUAGCGGUCAACAACCUUGGUCGAGGACCAGCCUCCACGCCAACGAUUGUUCCAACCGGGGAGACAGAACCUGGAACUGCACCAAGAAACGUACAAGUGAGACCUCUAAGUUCUAGCACGAUGGUAAUCCAGUGGGAUGAGCCUGAAACACCAAAUGGCCAAAUUACUGGAUAUAAAGUGUAUUAUACAAUGAAUUCUCAACUUCCUAUGAACUCUUGGAAUUCAAGAAUGGUCGAUAACAAUCAGUUGACGACCAUCAGUGAACUAACUCCUCACACAAUUUACACAAUCAGAGUUCAGGCUUUCACUAGUGUUGGGCCAGGACCGCUGUCUGCCCCUGUUCUUGUCAAGACUCAGCAAGGAGUGCCAAGCCAGCCGGGAAAUUUCCAUGCAACUGAUAUCGGUGAAACAUCCGUUACACUUGCAUGGGUCAAGCCUACACACUCCGGUGAAAAUAUAGUAAGCUAUGAGCUCUAUUGGAAUGAUACUUAUGCAAAGGAGCGUAACCACCGGAGGAUCCCUAUAGCAGAAACCUAUACCCUGACGAAUCUUUACCCAAACACUCUUUAUUAUAUAUGGCUCGCAGCUCGGUCACAGCGAGGAGAAGGAGCAACGACACCUCCGAUUCAUGUUCGCACAAAACAAUAUGUUCCGGGAGCACCCCCGCAGAAUGUGACUGGGGAAGCAGUCUCCCCAACAUCUAUAAGAGUAAGCUGGGAUCCACCACCUGUUGAGAGGAGCAACGGAAGGAUCGUCUACUACAGGCUUCAGUACGUCGAGGCAGGUCGCUCAGAUUCAGAGGCAACAACCAUCAAGCUGAAUGCGACAUCUUUCGUCCUAGAUGAGCUGAAGAAGUGGACCGAGUAUCGGAUCUGGGUUCUUGCAGGCACAUCUGUUGGAGAUGGGCCUCCUUCAUACCCCAUCACCGUCAGAACUAAUGAAGACGUACCUGGACAUCCUCAAGAUGUGAAAGUCACUGCUAUUAAUUCAACAGCAAUUUUUGUUUCUUGGAAGCCUCCUGCUGAAAAAAAUAGAAAUGGUGUAAUACGUGGCUAUCACAUUCAUGUUCAAGAAACCAAGGAGGAUGGGAAGAGUGUAGUGAACCUGAAUGAACCAAUGAGAUUUGAUGUUUUGGAUGGUGCUGCAUUGCAGUUGAACAUAUCAGGCCUUCAGCCAGACACUAAGUACAAUGUUCAAGUUGCUGCCCUUACCAGGAAGGGUGAUGGUGACAGGAGCGAGCCAGUUUCUAUUCGCACACCUGGUGGUGUUCCUAAUCGUCCAACAGUCACAAUUAAGGUUGUGAAUCAAGAUCCAGAAGUAUCCGCUGAACUAGAAUGGUCGAGACCAACACAGACGUAUGGCGAUCUCCUUGGAUAUCGCCUUAGAUAUGGUGUAAAAGACACUCAUCUGAAGGAAUUCCUACUCCAAGUAACUUCACAUAAGAUCAAUAAUCUAGAGCGAGGUGUGGAGUAUGAGUUUAGAGUGGCUGGACAGAAUCACAUAGGUUUUGGCCAAGAAGCAAUUAAAUAUCUUAUGACCCCUGAGGGACCUCCGACAGGGUUUCCAACGAAUGUGACAUUUAAAUUUCAAACACCUGAUGUAGUUUGCAUUACUUGGGAUCCACCUACAAGAGAACAGAGAAACGGACAGAUAGUUCGUUAUGAUGUCCAGUUUGGUAAAAAGAAUGAUCAGACUACAACAGUUGAAAGGAACACUACUAAAACUAAGGCUGUUUUUUCAAAUCUUGAAGAAGCCUCAGAUUAUAUUUUUCGAGUGCGUGCACAUACAAAGUCUGGAGCAGGACCAUGGUCGCACAGUGUGACGAUCACAACUGAAAGGGACAUCGUCAGAGCUCCGAUGGGUCUCAGGGCAGUAGCUACAUCUGAUCAGAGUGUAGAGGUUUGGUGGGAGUCAGUGCCUUCUAGAGCUUCUAUUAUUAAUUAUAUAAUCUUUUACACAAUGACUGCUGUUGAAGACUUAGAUGAAUGGCAAAAUAAGACUGUACCUGUCACAGAAUCUGCUGAUCUGGUUAACUUAGAAAAAUAUGCCCAGUAUGCAAUUGCUGUUGCUGCAGUUACGAAAACUGGUCUCGGAAGACUUUCAGAGAAAGUGACGGUUAAAGUCAAGCCUGAGGAUGUCCCCCUCCAAUUACGGGCUCAUGAUGUGAGCACUCAUAGUAUGACACUUUCUUGGUCCCCACCUAUUCGUCUCAAUCCCAUCAACUACAAGAUUUCAUUUGACGCAGUUAAAGAAUUUGUGGACUCACAGGGUAUUACACAAGUCCAGGUAGUUACGAAGAGAAGUGCAGUUCUAGAGCCUAAUGCUAGGACACACACUAUUCAUGAGUUGUCUCCAUUUACCACUUACAAUGUAAACGUUUCUGCAAUACCUGGCGAUCACCGCUACAGACCCCCGGCUAGGAUUACUGUCACUACACAAAUGGCUGCUCCUCAGCCUAUGGUCAAACCAGACUUUUAUGGUGUCGUCAAUGGCGAAGAAAUUCAGGUUAUUCUACCACAAGCUUCUGAAGAAUAUGGUCCGAUUUCUCAUUACUUUUUAGUUGUAGUUCCAGAAGACAAGAAUACUAUGAAUAAGAACCCAGACCAGUUUUUAACUGAAGAUCUCAUUGCUAAUUCUGGAGGUAAAUCAGAAAGGGAAAGAGUUCCUUACAUAGCUGCCAAAUUUUUGCAAAGGAACAUUCCUUACACUUUCCAUCUUGGGAGUGGUGAUACCUACGAUGGAUUUGUAAAUAGGAAGUUGGAGAGAGGAGUGAAGUACAGGAUUUUUGUCAGAGCUGUUGUAGAUACUCCUCAGAAGCAUUUAUAUACAUCUAGUCCAUUUUCGGAACAACUGGCAUUGGAUAUGAGAGAAGUACCUCCUGGUGAUCCCCCACGCAGGCCUAACCCCAAUGUCCCUCCUGAGAUAUCUGAUGUGUCGGUGAAUAAAAGUAAAGAAGAGGCUGGUAUGGUCUGGGUGAUUGGGCCUAUUAUUGCUGCUCUCAUGCUGUCCAUAUGUUUAGUCCUCCUGUUUAUUAUUAAGAAAAGAAGGCAGCCGUGCAAAUCCCCCGACCAGACUGCUGUUACAAGACCACUAAUGUCUGGUAGUGAGUUGGUACCUCCUCCACAUCCCUCGGAUCCUGUGGAAAUGCGAAGGAUCAACUUCCAGACUCCUGGUAUGAUAUCUCACCCUCCAAUACCAAUCAGCGAGCUUUCUAAUCAUAUCGAUCGACUUAAGUCCAAUGACAAUCUCAAGUUCAGCCAGGAAUAUGAGAGUAUUGAGCCUGGCCAACAGUUUACAUGGGACCACAGUAACAUGGAAGUGAACAAACCCAAGAACCGUUACGCUAAUGUUAUAGCUUACGACCAUUCUCGAGUGGUGCUACAGCCCAUAGAAGGGAUACCUGGGUCAGACUACAUCAAUGCUAAUUAUUGUGAUGGAUAUAGGAAGCACAAUGCUUAUGUUGCAACUCAGGGACCUCUAAGUGAAACGUGUGGUGACUUCUGGAGAAUGUGUUGGGAGCUUAGAACAUCUACAAUAGUGAUGAUGACAAAACUUGAGGAGAGGACGAGAAUAAAGUGUGACCAAUAUUGGCCGACGAGAGGUACUGAGACCUAUGGAAUGAUCACUGUCAGCCUCACUGAUGUCCAAGAACUGGCUACGUACUGCAUCAGGACAUUCCAUAUCAAUAGGGGAGGUAGCUGUGAGAGAAGGGAAGUUCGCCAGCUCCAGUUCACCGCCUGGCCUGACCAUGGGGUUCCUGAUCAUCCUGCACCAUUCCUUCAGUUCCUCCGUAGGGUGAGAAAUUCAAAUCCUCAAGACGCAGGUCCAUUGGUUGUCCACUGCUCAGCUGGUGUUGGCAGGACUGGUUGCUUCAUUGUCAUUGAUUCAAUGAUAGAGAGAAUGAAGCAAGAGAAAUCGAUUGAUAUUUACGGCCAUGUAACAUGUCUCAGGGCUCAGAGGAACUACAUGGUUCAGACUGAGGAUCAGUAUAUAUUUAUCCAUGAUGCUCUGUUGGAGGCUGUGCAGUGUGGUAACACUGAAGUGCCCGCACGAAAUCUCCACACUCAUAUUCAAAAGCUUAUGCAGACUGAGCCUGGAGACUCUAUUACUGGAAUGGAACUUGAAUUUAAGAGGCUAUCCACAAUCAAGAGUGAUUCUUCACGUUUCUUGAGUGCUACUCUUCCAGUCAAUAAAGCCAAGAACAGAUUGGUUCAUAUCCUUCCCUUAGAAAGCACUAGAGUUUGUCUCCAACCUCUUAGGGGUGUGGAAGGGUCAGAUUACAUAAAUGCAUCUAUGAUAGAUGGCUACAGACAAAGAUGCGCAUAUAUUGCUACUCAAGGUCCUCUGCCAGAGACGACUGAAGAUUUGUGGAGGAUGCUUUGGGAGCAUAAUUCUACAAUAGUUGUAAUGUUGACAAAGCUCAAAGAAAUGGGAAGGGAAAAAUGUCACCAAUAUUGGCCUUCAGAGAGAUCAGUGAGGUAUCAGUGCUUUGUGGUUGACCCAAUAGCUGAGUACAACAUGCCUCAAUAUAUCUUGAGGGAGUUCAAAGUCACAGAUGCCAGGGACGGUUCCUCGAGGACACUUAGGCAGUUCCAAUUCAUUGAUUGGCCAGAACAAGGUGUUCCCAAGUCUGGAGAUGGAUUCAUCGAUUUCAUUGGACAAGUCCAUAAGACCAAGGAACAGUUUGGUCAGGAUGGUCCAAUUACAGUUCACUGCAGUGCUGGAGUUGGAAGAACAGGUGUCUUUAUCACACUUUCAAUAGUCCUUGAGAGAAUGCAGUAUGAAGGUGUUGUAGAUAUAUUCCAGACUGUUAGGAUUUUGAGGACACAGAGGCCUGCCAUGGUUCAGACUGAGGAUCAGUAUGAGUUCUGUUACCGAGCUGCUCUUGAAUACUUGGGCUCAUUCGAUCACUAUACUACCUAA